AUGAUAGGGUGGGGGGACGUGUACAGGGUGGCGGCCGCCAUGGCGCCGCUCUACUUCGCUCUCGGCCUCGGCUACGGCUCCGUGCGGUGGUGGAAGCUCUUUACCGCGGACCACUGCGACGCCGUCAACCGUCUCGUCGUCUUCGCCGCCGGCUACCGCGUCCUGGCGGCCGACGCCGUCGCCAAGCUCAUCGUCGUGCUCGCGCUAGCCGGGUGCGCCGCCGUCCGGCGCGCCAAGGCCGCGACGCGCCGCGGCGGCAGCGCACCCUCGUCCUACUCCUGGUGCAUCACCGGCUUCUCGCUGGCGGCUCUCAACAACGCGCUCCUCGUGGGCGUGCCGCUGCUGGACGCCAUGUACGGCAAGUGGGCGCGCGACAUCAUCGUGCAGCUCUCGGUGCUGCAGGCCGUCGUCUGGUUCCCGCUGAUGCUCAUCGUCUUCGAGGCGAGGCAGGCCUGGCUGGAGGCCGUCGUCUGGUUCGGGAGUGACGUCGAACGGCCAGCACAAGGUGAAAACGGCCGGAAGACGGUGGCGACGGGGUGCGCGUUCUGGGCGCCGCUGCUGCGAGCGGUCGGGGUGAAGCUCGCCCGCAACCCCAACGUGUACGCCAGCCUCCUUGGGGUCGCGUGGUCUUCCGUGGCAAACAGGUGGCACCUGAAGAUGCCAACCAUCAUAGAUGGCUCGAUCGCGAUCAUGUCAAAGACCGGCAUUGGAAUGGGAAUGUUCAGCAUGGGCAUGUUCAUAGGACUACAAGACAAGUUUAUCGUGUGUGGACUAGGCUUGACCGCGUUGAGCUUGGUGCUGAGAUUCAUCGUGGCACCGGCCGCCACCGUAGCUGGAGCCUUAAUUUUAGGACUCCGUGGUGAUCUUUUGCGUGUUACUGUCUUACAGGCUGCACUGCCACAGUCAGUCGCAACAUUUGUCUUCUCGCGAGAGUAUGACAUGCAUGCUGGAGUACUUAGUACCGCGAUUAUAGUCAGCACAUUGGCUUCGUUGCCUGUCUUAACCGCAUAUUAUCUUGUUUUAGGGCUUGUAAUAUAG